AGAUUCCAAAUGCUCUACUGAGAGGUGCAUCUCCGACUCUAAUACGUGAUCGGGGUGAUACUCGAGCCCCGUAUCUGACUGAAAAUCCGGAUUCUCACGAGAGAGCGACUACGGAGGCGAAGUUCUCGCGAAGUACUUCUGAAGCAUACGAGUAGACUAAAACGAUCCGCAAACUGGUGUCUGCCUUGCCCAACGAGCGGGUGGGAGUCGCGGGCUAGGGUGGUCAACUGUGAUAUCGAGUCGUCGCGUUUCUGUUGAUUUCUUAUUUUAAAAAUUAAGAGCCUGUCCCCGGGCCAUGAUGAAUGUCAACGUUCAAGGUCUCCGACGAAACGUAAAGAACGUAGUUCGGAACUACACCGACGCCCAGGUCAAAGUUCGAGAAGCUACUUCGAAUGAUCCAUGGGGAGCUCCGUCGACCCUCAUGGGCGAGAUAGCCGACCUAACCUACAAUGUGGUAGCUUUCACGGAAAUCAUGCAAAUCGUUUGGAAAAGAUUGAAUGACAACGGCAAGAACUGGAGGCAUGUCUACAAAGCGCUGGUUCUCCUGGAAUAUUUAAUCAAAGUCGGAAGUGAACGAGUAGCUAGCCAGUGCAAAGAAAAUAUUUUCAACAUCCAGACACUAAAAGAUUUCCAAUAUGUUGAAGACAACAAGGAUCAAGGAAUGAAUGUCCGCGAGAAGAGUAAACAGCUCGUUGCGCUGCUGAAAGACGAUGAGCGCCUAAGACAGGAGCGAAUGAGAGCGUUGAAAGCGAAGGAGAGAUUCGCCCAAAACACGAAUGUAACGACGGCUGAAUCAGGUGGUACUUCCCGACGUGCUUAUUCAGGUGGUGAAGAACUCGCCUCACCGAGAGACUACCGUGCGGUUCUGGGUAGCAACUCUGAACUGGAGUCCGCCAGACCUCAGACGGCUGGCGAGGAAGAACUACAGCUGCAACUCGCACUUGCCAUGAGUAAAGAGGAGGCCGAACAGGAGGAGCGACAACGCAAAAACGACGAUCUGCGACUUCAAAUGGCACUGACCGAGAGCCAACAGGAAGCGGUUAAGCCGCGAUCAUCUUCGAGUGCAGCCGUUUCGAACGGAGCUUCUUCGAAAAGCUGCAUGGAUGAUCUUUUGGGCCUGAACCUCGGCGGUGCUGGAUCAGCGGUUGCUGGAGCAACUGGCGCGGACCCUUGGGGUCUGCCCUCGUCGCAACCCACCCCGGGAGCGGCGGCAGCAGCAGCAGCUUUUCCAAGCGUGAGCGUGGAUGCGGUGCCAGCUCCUCUCGUUGGAGCCGUCGGGGGCCUCGAUCCUUGGGCUCCCGCACCCUCUGUCCAGGCGGAUCCCUGGGCCCCACAACCGGCUACCUCACUUCCAUCGGCAGCACCGGAUCCAUGGGCACUGAACGGAUUGGCCGGAGGCGUAUCGAAAGGGGAACUAGAUGAGUUUGAUCUAAUAUCUCGGCAGAGGUUGAAUAACAUGUCACCAGCGGCGAUGGGUGGAGAAAAGUUGAGCAAGAGUGCGAGCAACUCUCCUGCACCGUUCGAUAUGUCUGGUUUGGGCGGUGCUCUUCCGAAGACCACUCACGACAAUGGAAUUAACGAGGCGAACAGCAAAAUGCGGAAAACGCCCGAAUCGUUCCUAGGGGCUAACAGCAACCUUGUAAAUUUGGACGCACUCGUCACCGCGAAACCGGCCUCCGGUUCGAUCAAUCCGUUCGGUGGAAACGUAGCUCCGGGAGCAGCUUCCUCAGCGUUCGGCGAUGACUCCCCCCUGCAGAACCCGUUCCAGGCGCUGAACAAGCCUCCAACGAUGAACGAACUCCGUGGUAGUAACACCGCCGGAUUCGACGGAGGCUUCGCUCCGGGUUCCUCACGUACCACUCCGACGCCUGGCUCAGUAAACCCGUUUCUGUGA